AGUCCUCCUCCCCCACCCUCCUCUCGAUGCUUCAAUGUCUUCAUAGUCCCUCCCCCCUUCUUCCUCUUCCUCUUCCCCUUGUUCGUGAUAGAAGACAGAGAGAGAAUGUAUGACAGCAUAUCCAUCCACUCCACCAGCCAUCUUCUUCCAUCUCCACUCCCUUUUUUCGAGGAGGGGGCGGUGUGGGUGUGUGUGUGUUGCCUUCUUGUUUCAUUGCUUUUUUUUUGUUUGAGCGUUGAGGGGGUUGUUGGGAUGGGAUGGGAUGGGAGGCGCGACAUGGGUGGUGUGGGGUAGGUUUGUUUGCUUUUUUUUUCUCCCUCAGGGAUGGGGUGGGAGGUUUUUGGUUCUGGGAUCGGGUGUGUGUAUGCAGCAUGAAGAUAAUGACGGGAGGGAGGGUGUUGCGAGGGCAUUUGGGGAGGGAGGGGUGGUACACGUUGUGUGGUGGGAUGUGAGAUGAACAGGGUGCGUUGCAGGUCGUUGCGUUGCAGGUAGGUAGGUAGGCGUUUCGAUGGGGGGUUUGUAUGGGACUUGGACUGGGACUGGGACUGUGGUAGGACGGUGUGUGUGUGUUUGUGUGUGUGUGUGUAGUUACACGGUUUCACGAAAGAGGAUGUUGGUGUUGGUGUUGGUAGGUAGUGGGGGAGUAGGGCUGGGCUGCUUGGGGGAUGUCAUCUAGUUGUCUUUUUUUUGCCCUGUUCCUUUUGCGUCUUGUGUGUUUGUAUGAGAUUGGCCGUAGGGUGGUGGUGGUGGUGGGUGUGAGUUGGUUCACACUACGAUGGGGCACCUCACGAUGAUGUAGAGCUGGAUGGAAAGGUCUAACUAGAAGAGACAUCACAGACAUGACAUGUUCAGCAAGGACGUGUGGGCUUUUUGUUUUGGAAAAGUUUUAAUGAAAU